AUGAUGCGGACUUCCUCGUUUGAGGGGCCUGGACCAGUCAGAGCCAAUUCGGAUGGUAUCGUGCCAUUCCUCCGCAUGGUGCCAGACAGCACUGUGAUCGAGGAUGAGGAACCCUUCUUCCCGAAGAGCUUCUCGGAGGUGCACAUGCCAGCGUCACGCCUCUCGUUCCAACAGCCAGCGCCGUCCAACUCCGAUGGGCUCUUGGCCAACCGCGACUUCAUGCGCGCAGUCGAAGCCGCCAGAGAGCACGCAGCACAGCAGCGGGCGGAGGAGGCCGCUCGGAUGCCGGGAGGCGUGAAGAAGCAGGGGCACGUCUGCCUGGCGACCAUGAACAAGGAGAAGAUGUACGAAGGCAAGAUUGUCAAGGCUUUCAAAUUGGGUCUUUUGUUGGAUAUCAAUGCGGAUGUGUUGGGCUUGCUUCGCUGGAAGCAUGUCCGGGGCGUGCCAAGGAAACUCCUGAAAGAGGGCGGCCACUUGGCCAACCUUCGAGUGGACACGGUCAGAGGAACCAGAUUCACCUUGCGGCUGGAGUGCAUCGGCCACGAUGGCCAGACCUUCGAGGAGGAGGACUACCCGGAUGUAGUCGCCCGCGUCUACGAGUGGGCAAUGGAGCCAAAGAUGCUCCAGUUAACGGAAGAAGUUGCUCUGACAGCUGUCAAGCGGCAUCCCGGGCGAAUGGGCCCGCGAGCAGUCGGUGAUGGUGAGGGGCUGCCCAUCCGACCACCACCUCCUUUCAGCAUCAGCCGCCUUCGCCGUUCCGGGAAGUGCGGCCCACGCAAGGCGUAG